UGUAGUCUUUGAAAUAAUAUUUCGUUCAGUUUCUGCGCGCGCAUGUCUCGCUAGUUUGUAUAAAUUUUCGAAUUUUGCACUUCGGAAAAUAAUGGCUUCGACUACAAAUUCGAAGCAACCCCAAGUAAACGGGGAGCUUCCCUGCUUUAAAAAGUAUAAGAUGGAAAAUAAAAAUAAAGUGACUGUAGUGCUGGGUGCUCAGUGGGGUGAUGAAGGUAAAGGAAAAGUAGUGGAUUUAUUGGCUGUAAAUUCUGACAUCGUGUGUCGCUGCCAGGGCGGUAACAAUGCCGGUCACACCGUGGUGGUUGACGGCAAGGAGUUCGACUUCCAUCUUCUGCCCAGUGGUAUCAUCAAUACGAAGUGUACAUCUGUGAUAGGUAACGGAGUGGUCAUCCACAUACCGGGGCUGUUCGAAGAGCUGAAGAAGAACGAGCUGAAAGGCAUGCAAGGAUGGCAGGAGCGCCUCAUCAUAUCUGACAGAGCACACAUCGUAUUUGACUUACAUCAACAGGCGGAUGGUCUGCAAGAGGCAGAAAAAGGCAAGAACUCGUUAGGCACUACCAAGAAAGGUAUCGGCCCGACUUACUCGUCGAAGGCGACUCGUAAUGGCGUUAGAAUUGGAGAUCUGCUUGGUGACUUCGCUAUAUUUGAGGAAAAGUUCCGUACUCUAGCUGCGGGCUACAAGCGAAUGUUUCCAGCAUUAGAAGUGGAUAUAGAGAGUGAAUUGAAGAGAUAUAAAGAGUACGCGGACAGAAUUCGUCCGCUGGUGCAAGAUACCGUCGCCUACCUCCACAGGGAGAUAAACAACGGCAAGAAAGUGUUGGUGGAAGGAGCUAAUGCCGCCAUGUUGGAUAUUGAUUUUGGUACAUACCCGUAUGUGACGUCAUCGAAUUGCAGUAUCGGGGGAGUGUGCACGGGACUAGGGUUGCCGCCGAACGUCAUCGGUGACGUCAUGGGCGUCGUUAAAGCGUACACGACGCGCGUCGGCGACGGGCCCUUCCCUACAGAGUUGCACGACGAGACGGGACAGCUGCUGCAGGAGAGAGGACACGAGGUGGGGGUGACGACGCGACGUGUACGACGCUGCGGUUGGCUCGACCUCGUAGUGGUCAAAUAUACCGCAAUGGUUAACGGCUACACAUCUAUAUGUCUGACGAAGUUGGACAUCUUGGAUACGUUGAAGGAGAUCAAGAUUGGUAUCGCGUACAAGUUGAAUGGAAAACAGAUAGACUACUUCCCCUCUUCUAUGAAUGAACUCAGCAAUGUUGAGGUGGAAUAUAUCACUCUGCCCGGUUGGAAUUGCAAGAUCGAGGAUGUCAGACAAAUGGAGAAGUUACCGGAGCAGGCGAGGGAAUAUGUUAAAACUAUAGAAGACUUCCUUGAAGUCCCGGUGAAAUUCAUUGGCGUAGGUCAAGGACGGGAGUCUAUCAUCAGGGCUGAAUAACGUCAGUGCAGGUGACGUCACAGCGCACUGCUUCCUGCGUUCUAGACAAUUGUAUCACUUUACUUAUAGCCUUGCUGGAUAAUUACCGCAAUACAUGCUGACUUGUACAGUCGAGGAAGUUUAUUUCCUACCCAUAUUAAUAAAAAUUUAAUUUGAUAUUAACAAU